UUUUUUCUAUUCUAAAUUUUUCUCUUCUCAAUUAGAUUGAUUUCUUUUUCCUUUUUAAUUAACCCAAACCAAUUUUAUUAUGUAAUUUAAGGUUCACUUAUUUUACCCCAACUAAGGUCAACAAUUAACUUCAACUGUCAAUUUAAUUAGGAUUUGUAAUUAACCAUCAUGGGAAAACGUGUUAAAUGUUAACAGUGAUAAUUUGUUAAUAUGGUAAAUUGUCUGAAAAGGAGAGAAAAUAACAAACUAUUAGGUGAUUUGGUUUUCUAGAGAAGGAGAGUCAAAGAUGAGUUUAUUUGGUGAUAUUUUCGUUGUGAUAUUAUCUCAGGUACUUUUCUUUGCCGGUGGAUGGAUAUUCUUUGUGAAACAAUUGUUCCGUGAUUAUGAAGUUCAUCAUUCAUUUGUCCAGCUUAUAUUUUCUAUUACAUUCUCAUUGUCAUGUUCAAUGUUUGAACUGAUUAUCUUUGAGAUAAUUGGAAUCCUUGAUCCAAGUACAAGAUUUUUCUAUUGGAAAUUAAUUUUAUACAUCAUGUUAUUUAUCAUCAUUUUGAUUCUACCUUUAUAUAUAAGUUACUGUAUUCUAUGCAAUGUAACUUUCAUCGCCAAAAGAUACAUCAAACCGAUGACUUUCCUCAUCUGGUGUAUAUUUAUCUUCCUAUUCUGGAAGAUUGGUGAUCCUUUUCCCAUUCUAAGUCCUAAACAUGGUAUUUUCUCAAUUGAACAAGGAAUCAGUCGAGUUGGUGUAAUUGGUGUUACUCUUAUGGCUUUACUUUCGGGAUUUGGUGCUGUCAAUUAUCCUUAUACCUCGAUGACUUAUUUUAUGAGAGUUGUUACUUCGGCUGAUGUUACCUCAUUAGAGAAAAAGUUAAUCCGAACAUAUGAUCUAAUUGUGAUGAAAAAGAAAAGGAUCAUUUUAAUUGAGAAAGACAGUCGAUCACCAUCAACAACUUCUCUUUGGACAAGUGUCAUUCAAACCUUUUCAUCUUCAGGUUCUGAAAGUGUAUCACAAUUAAGAUCUGAUUGUCGAACUUUAGAAGAAUUGGCAAGACAAUUAUUUUUAGAAUUGGUUGAUAUGAAAGCGAUGCAAACACGAAUGGAAUGGUCAAAGACUUUUAAAGGAAAAUAUUUUCACUUUAUUGGUUAUUUUUUCUCUCUCUACUGUAUAUGGAAAAUAUUUAUAUCUACAAUUAAUAUUGUGUUUAAUCGUGUUGGUCGAGUCGAUCCUGUCACUCGGGGUAUUCAAAUUGCUGUUAAUUGGAUUGGAUUGGAAAUUGAUGUUAAAUUUUGGUCACAACAUGUUUCCUUUCUUCUUGUUGGGAUAAUUGUUAUUUCCUCUAUUCGAGGUCUUUUAAUUGCUUUAACUAAAUUUUUUUACGCCAUAUCAAGUCCUAAAUCGUCAAAUAUAAUUGUCUUAGCUCUUGCGGAGAUAAUGGCAAUGUAUUUCGUAUCAAGUGUCGUUCUCAUGAGGAUGAAUAUGCCUCUUGAAUAUCGGACAAUUGUUACUCAAGUUUUAGGAGAUUUACAAUUUAACUUUUAUCACCGAUGGUUUGAUGUAAUAUUUUUGGUCAGUGCUCUUUCCAGUAUUGGCUUUCUCUAUCUGGCUCAUAAACAAAGUAGCAAUAAAGAGCUUUAACCAUCGUA